AUGGACUCCAAAGUUACAUACCUUCUCUCCCUGGGUGCCGUUCGAGACCGAGCCAAGUUGGUCGGGGAAGCUGCUCAGGUUGGGAAGCUCAGCCACUUUGAUGUCCAUGAAGACCGGCUGAAGGAUGCAGCAGAUCUUGUGACUUCUGUCAUCAAGCGCGAUUUCGGACCCAAUUCAUUUCAUACCAUCCCCCCUCAUGGCCGCUGGCAACACUUUGAAGUCGGCAAUGCGCCUCGCAUCACCAAGGAGCUUGAAUCGUGGAAGAAGAGUGGUGCAGAUGAAUUAGAGCUGACUCGCCGUCUGAUUGACCUCUUCUUCGUGUCUGUGCUUCUGGAUGCUGGUGCUGGUGACCAUUGGCAUUAUGCCGAGCCUGGUACUGGCUCAACAUACGAGCGUAGCGAGGGUAUCGCAGUUGCCAGCUUGUACAUGUUCAAGGGUCUUGCAUUUGCUGCGAAGAAGGAUGAAAAGGCACCAAUUGUCGAUGGUAAUGGAUUAGCGCAACUGACAACUCAGGCACUGGCCGAAGGCUUCCAAAUAUCAGAAACCAAUCCAAUCUUGGGACUUGAAUCUCGUGCAAAUCUAUUGAGAAGCUUGGGAACAUCACUGCUCGGCCAACCGGAAAUAUUUGGCAAAGAGGGCCGCCCCGGCAAUGUUGUUGACUACAUGACCAAGUCUUCAAAGGACCCUUCGAAACUAGAUGUACUGCUAUUCUGGGACAUUCUGCAAACCCUUCUUAUCCCAUGCUGGCCCAAGGACCGUACAUCCGUAAACGGCAAACCAAUUGGAGAUGCGUGGCCGCUGAGUACCCUCAAAUCCAUGUCAGCCUCUGCGACCGCCGAUGAGACCGACUUUAUCCAACCCUUUCACAAACUCACGCAGUGGCUAGCCUACUCCCUAAUGGUGCCCUUUCAACGCAUUCUCCACCUCGAGUGGAUUAACACUGAUGCACUUACCGCACUACCCGAGUACCGCAAUGGUGGACUCUUCGUCGACUUGGAAGUACUCACGCUCAAGAAAGAUUCAUUGGACCGAGGUCUGAAAGCCUCUGGUGGCUCUCUACCUAUGUUCAAAGCCGGCGACGAUGUCGUCGUUGAGUGGCGGGCCAUGACACUGGUGUUGGUCGACAAACUUUACGGCAUGGUUCUGGAGAGAAUGGGAGGAGUACCCCUCAGUAUGGCGCAGCUGCUCGAAGCAGGGACAUGGAAGUCUGGGCGGGAGAUGGCGGCGAAGAAAAGGCCGGGCACCAAGUCGAGCCCGAUUAUCAUUGAAAGUGAUGGUACUGUGUUCUAG